AAAUUUUCAAUUUUCAAUUUCCUAAUUUUCCAGCCCCCAAACUUCCAAAUUUCUAAAUUCUCUAAACUCUCAAAUCACACUACAAUUUUGUCACCCAAUCAACGACAGGUCACAGUGUAAAAAGAAGUGCGAAACCACCAUGGAUGUACACCAACGCUUACAACAAUGGAGGCAAAGAUUACGAACAAACGAAUUUCAACGAUCACAGGGGUCCUCCAGGUGGUUUUCCUCCAGGAUUAUCCGGAGGUGGUCCUCCAGGUUUAAGAGGCGGUGGCCCUCCAGGAAAAGGACAAGGAAAGCAUGGAGCUUGGAAUGGAAAAUCGAUCGACGAUGAAGGCACCGGGAAUUUCACUCAACGACUUGGAAAGAACGACCUGUAUUGUAGCGUUACUUCCGCUUCGACAAGUACCUACGUACGUGCGAGGUAAAACAGGACGAUCGAACGAACACUCUCGACAGAACAUCUUCAAACACGUAAUCAACGUCUGUUGUCGUCCCGGAAACAGGAAAAACGAGUUCCGUUGUGGAAACGGCGAAUGUUUGCCGAGUACCGUGAGGUGCGACAACAAAUUCGAUUGUCGCGAUUCAAGCGACGAGCUCGACUGCGCCCGAGAAUCGGGAAACGAAACAGGCUGCGCCCUUCCUGUACAACCUGAAGGUGGAAGCUACGAACUGGCUGUUUGCGGUAGACCUUGCUUCAAACGUUCGGGGGAUAAAGUUCCCAGAAACAGCAUCCUGACUUACACCUGCCGGCAGAAUUACGUUUUAAACGGCACCGCUGUUUCUGUAUGCGUUAACGACGUGUGGCACAAUCUGCCUGGGUGUCUCAGAACAUGUCCUCCGUUGAACAGCAACACGGUGAAUAUUUUAUGCACUUACCAAGGGAACGAAGUGUCUUGCAGCGAUCGAAUUAGACCGGGAACAGUGGCGACUUUGUCGUGCAAAUCGUCCUACAAAUUGCCCGUGACGAAUGACCCGGGCUAUCGCACAGUCACUUGUCUCGAAGACGGAUUAUGGGACCGUCGUCUCUUCCGUUGUCUUCCUGAGUGUGGGACACCAGUCUCAAAGGGUAAUACACUGAUCAUAAACGGGUUUGAGGCAAAGUUGGGGAUAUUUCCGUGGCAUGUUGGUAUUUAUGAUAGAAAGUCCGAGGAUGAAUUCGAGCAAAUCUGCGGAGGUACUCUUAUAAGUAACAAUCUAGUUGUGUCAGCUGCACACUGUUUCUACGACGAGGCGUACAAUAAACCGAGCGAUAAAUCGCAGUUCGCUGUAGCAGCUGGUAAGCGUUAUCGCGAUUGGGAUAUCGAUGAAAAUUAUUCGCAAAAAUCGAUGGUGGAUGAGAUCCUGUUACCGGAAAGGUAUAUCGGAGCGAGAGCGAAUUUCGCCCAAGAUAUAGCGGUGAUCAAAUUGAUCUCUCCCUUUGAAUUGACCGCUCUGGUACGACCGAUUUGCAUAGACUGGGAGAACGAGUACGAGCGGGUGCAGUUGCAAGUGGGUCAAAGUGGAAAGUCCGUUGGUUGGGGUAAGAUGAUCAACGAUUUACCCAGUGAGACCCUUCAAGAAGUGAUUAUGCCCUUUGUGCCUUAUGAUCAAUGUCUUUCGGAUGUGCCCAGUGAUUUCCGAGGUUAUAUCACGUCCGAUAAAUUUUGUGCUGGAUACUUGAAUGGUACCAGCAUGUGCGAGGGAGACAGUGGCGGUGGUUUGUGCUUCGAAAUACGUGGCAUCUGGUACCUACGCGGUGUCAUCAGUGUUAGUCCAGUCAAGAACGGUAAAUGUGAUUACCAUUCUUACACGGUCUUCACCUCGACCGACUAUUUCCGCGACUGGAUUCGUGCCGCUUACAUCAAUUCAUAAACAUCUGAAAGAACUUAAUGGCUGUUUUUACAAACUUGCGUGACAGUGAUUAAUGAUCAGUAUACAUUGUGGACGAAUGUUGUUACUCUUGUAGAGUAACGAGUUUGUACACUUCUUUCUGAUCAGGUUAAUUCAUGUCAAUUUGUAUAAUUAUUUGAUGGUUCUUAAAGAGAGAUGUUGCAAAUCGAAACUAUUUAAAAACUCAAAAGGUAUAGGAAACUGUGAUGUAUCUAUUAUGAAUAGAUCGAUGUUCAUUUAUAAUGUUAGGGUGAUCAAUCAGCAAUGUGAGGAAACAGAUUAUCAAUAAGAAAAUUUUAACAAAGUCUCGUAAACGAUGGCAACUUUUGUACGUUCCCAAUAAUCAGAAUCAAUUUUUAUGAAUUAUGAAGGGAAACAUUAAUCAGUAGCAAUUAUAUAACUAAUUUAAGUCGUCAAACAAAAUACUCUUCGGUACCUCGUUAACUAUAAGUUUACGUAACGAAUCGCGUUAAUCGCGUACACGAACACGUAACGUUAUCGGAUAAAAGGUAUUAAUCUCGAUUUCACACAAGUCGCAAUUCUAGCGCACGAAUCACACGACAGAAUAUUUCUAUAAUUCAUAAAAAAAAAGAAACUGGUUGAAGGUGGGGUUGAAAUGUCUUUUGUCUGCGAUAUCGGUUUUAUCUAACCGGGAAUCCAAAUUAAGGACGACUCGUUAUUUAUAUCAAAACUUUGAUAUUUACUGAGAAACCGUCAGAAAAUUUUUCUUGUUCAACGUCCUGUAUUUCCCCAAGGAAUUUCCAAAUGGCGGAGAUUAUCUGUGACGGUAUUUUGCGACGUGAUUCGUAAUGACUUCUGUUUCACGUUGUAUUUUUCUUUCAUAAAAUAUUCUAUGGAUUUUCAGAAAAAAUUCCAAGAUCAGUUGAUAUUAUAAUUUAACAAGAAAAUCGUUUGUAUAUUAAAGAAAAAUUAUUUAUGUUAAUUCUUGUUUGUUGAUGCAAGAUUAUUUUGCAUCAUUUAAUGCUGUUCUAUAAACACUUUGUAUCUAUUUAAAUACAAGUUGAUUAUGUAUCAUUCAAAAUGAUCUUGCAUCUGUUAAUUCUACAUCAUUCAUUUUUCAAGGAUAAACAGUGUUAUCUUAUUAUGACUAGGAUGAAUUCUGUGAAGUCAAGAUAAUAAAAAAAAAUUGAGUAACGAUAUUUUUGCAACUCGCAUUGAAUAAAAUAUAUGCGAGGAUAAAAAUUUCCUGCAAAUUCGAUGUAGGAAAUGAUUACCAGAUUCAUUAGCUGAUAAGCUAAUUGGCGGCAGUGUAACACGAUAACAACUAAUUAUUUAAUCAACACGUCCCCCGUUAACGGUGGAUGUUGAACAUCAGCGAAAUGCUCGAAUCGAACGGUGUACAGAACAUGUUACAGGUUUAUGGGAAUCUGUGUUUGCUUUACAUACUAUUCAUACAUUUAUGGCUGACGCGUGUUUGCCCAUUUGUGAACGGGCUUACGGUCGCGAAACUAAAGGCACGGCUAGGAUGUUUAAUAAAAAUUGAUACUCAAUAAUUAAAAUUUUCGAGCGCGGCGUGUGUGACGAUAUCGCGUUGGUAAAAACGAGUUAUCUAUUUUCGAAUGCGUACUCGCGUUCCCGGACGAGACUUUUUAUUUAAAUGAAAUCCCUCUGAAAUGAAGUGGAAUUGAACGUGUUCGUUGGAUCAAAAAUUGCUUCAAUUAAAAAGAAAACGUCAAUUAAUGCUCUGUUAGAAACGGGGCUAAAGCUGUAAACGUUUUGUACGAUUUUGUUUUUGAAAGGAA